CAAUCGUGAAUGGCUUGUUGGAUGGACGAUCUUGACCUCUAAGGGCAUCCAGUGCUUGACCAUCUACAUCCACAGGCUUUAUUACCAUCUGCUUAUCCGUCUUGCUGCCGCACCAUACAUUGCCGAAGGGGUAGCCGAGCAUAGCUCAUCUUCGACUCGAUUGUUCAAACAUCGCUUUGCCUCGCAGACCUUUGGUUCCCUCAACCGGCAUAUACCAUUCAGACGUAGAGCAGCAUGGUGCGCGUGAAGAAGCGUCUGUCCAAACGUGUGAGCACCAAGCAAAGGGAGAAAAUUAAGAAGAAGGUGAGCGAACAUCAUCGCAAGGCGCGCAGAGCAGCCAAGAAGGAUCCCACGUGGAGAAGCAAGAAAAAGGCGGACCCUGGCAUUCCCAACAGUUAUCCCUACAAGGAGCAACUAUUGAAAGAGCUGGAAGAUAGGAAGGAUAGGGAACGUCAAGAGCAAGCUGAUGCUGUGGAAGCCAGACGAGCAUUGAGGCGGGGAGAGAAGAGAAAGGCAGAGCAAGAAUUGUCCGACGAUGAGGCCGAAGCUGAAGCGGGCGUUACUCGUAUCAAAGUCGGCGGCGCGCAAUCCUUGGCAGAUGCAGAGCUAGCGGAAUCCAUUUUGAGAGCAAAGGCUAUUGCCGAGACGGGUGUCAGCGGUGACUCGCCAGCCGAGCAGGAGGUGGCCACCCCUCUGCUGUUCAGAGGUACGCUCUCGGACCUGAAGCAAGCUACAAUCCAGGAUGCUUCGCCCAGAGUGCGCGCGCUCCUCAUUACUUUGGACGCUCGAGAGCCCGCAGCUUGGCGUGUGCCCACCUUGGAAGCUUUCGAAGACGUUCCCAAAGUGCUCGUCCUGACCAAGACAGACCUGGUCCCGAUCGAGAAUGCCGCUGCCUGGCAAGUCGCGCUCUCUCAUCAGACUAAUUACGCCGUCUUUGCGACCGCAUCGCCAGCCAAGCAGUCUCCGGCAGGUAUUGCACCCCUAGCGGAACACAUUGCUUCUCUUUUGGAUCGAGUUGCGACAGAAAGCACAGAAGAUGAGGGCGAGCUUAGAGACGCAGUUGUCGUUGCUGGUCUGGAAAAUUCUGGCCGAAGCUCUCUGGCGCAGCACCUCGCCGUAGCCCUGGAUCUUGCACUGCCGUCUUCAACAAAGCAGAGCUUUGCCUUGUACGACACUCCAGCCAUCGUCAGUGCCAAUUCCAAACUGGCCAACCUUUCAAAUGCGGAAGAGGAAGCUCUGGAGGCGGAGGAGGAAAGGGAGGAGAGCCAGGUCAUGGAGGCGGACGAGGAAACGGAAUUGGAUAGAAUCAGAGAUGAGAAGGCUGCGAGAAGGAUAUUGCUCAGGAAUGUAGGUCAAUUACAGAAGAUUAAGGAACCUUUGCCUUUGAUCUAUGCACUCCUUCGGCACACCCACUCCUUGACGGACCUCAUGCUCGCGUAUAACAUUCCUGCAUUUGGAUCAUUCAUGUCUGGCUCUACGAAUACACCUGGUGGCAGCAAGGCGCUGAGCGAAAAGGCUCAAAGGGAUGCCGAUGAGUUUCUGCUUGAAGUUGCAAAGUCUCAAGGCCGUAACAAGAAGGGAAGCGUACCCGAUACGGUCGCUGCAGCUCGCAACGUAUUGAGAGAUUGGUCCGACGGCUCUAUAGCCUACUACAGGACGCCUCCACGCUCCAUCACCUCCGACCCAGUGCUUUCUAAGGCCAUCGAAGCCGGAAGCAUCAAGCUGGUCGAGCUGUUGGGAGAGACUGCCUUGCGUUUGAAGGAGUGGAGGAAGGGGCUCAAUGGCAGGGCGCGAGAGCUUCGGUUGAAGGACGACGCGAGCGACUCUAUGCUUGAUGGACUGGUCGCUCUCGCUGCUGCACCGCUUGAGGAGGACGAAGAAGAGAGUGACGCGGGAGAGGACGAGGAGGAUAGUGCGGAGGGAGAAGAGUGGGACGACGAGGACGAUGAGGACGACGAGGACGAUGAGGACGACGAGGACGAUGAGGAAGCAGAGGACCAAGACGAGGAAGCGGACAUUGAUGAGGAUGACGCGGAUGCGCGAUCUGAUGAGGUGAAGCAAUUUACGCACGCCAAAGAGGCUCCCCGGUCCAUCCUCAAGAAGCGAAGCACAGUUGUCCAGAGUAAGCCGAACGCCAAGACGGCUCGCGUUGUGGACUCCCGCGCUGCCCAAACUUCCAAGGGCGCUGUGAGCAAGGCGGUCGGAAAAAACGUGCCAAAGGCGGCGCUUGGAGAACAGAGCAAAAAGCGAGCUGCACCGAUUACCACCGCUGCUGAUGACGUUUUCAAUCCUUUGAGCAAACGGGCCAAGAGGCUAGCAAAGAAGGCCAAGAAGGCUGUGCAAGGUGGCAAGUGAGUAUGCUUGCAUGGCAGGCCGAUGUCUUCAAGACUUGCUGUUGUUCUCCGAGAGCCCGAACUUUCCACGACGGCGGAAUACUAGCCGCAGACCUACAUGUAGUUGUGGUGCACAUGCCGAUUCCUGAUGCAAUAUCAUCUCGUUCACGCUGCG